UUUAUUUCCCCAUCUUGAAUCCCUUUCCUGGUUGAUGUCAUUCAGGAAGGGCACCCAUCAUCAGACUUAGUGGACGCUGAGCAGCGUCACCAUGAACACUCUAGCCGCUUCUACGGUCCAGCGAGUCGGCUUCACAAAUCGGCCCGUUGAUGGCGGUGUUAGCCGUGCGACGCAGCGUACCUCGGCGUCCCGAACGGCCUGUCUGUCGUCCUGCCAUUCUGGUCUAGGAGGUCGUACCUUGUCAAAUGACAGACGAUUUCCCGAAAAUGUAACAAAACAGGGUAUUUCCUCGUCUAGAGUAAUAAGGAUGAGCCUCAGCAGUCAGAACGCAGCGGGACAGGCUUCCAUUCAGCAGGCAGAGAAGAAUAUAUCGCUAUCGCUCGACAGCGGGUCCGAGCUUACCCACGCGGACGGCGUGUGGCUCAAGUGCGAUUUGACAGGCUGCUCAACGCAGGACGCGGCUCCAGAGGCAGAGUUCCGGCUGGUUCAAGGGGAGGGGUGGCGUGUGGCGUUUGAGGCAUCACCUAAUUCACCCGACAGCUUCGCUGCUUCGGUUGGCGGAGAGGGGUGGAGUCUGGCGAUGAACGCCAGGGAGUAUCAUGACUUCUGCCAGCUUCUUAGGGCCGUACGAGGUUCUCUUCUUCGCCUCAAUCCCGCCGACGUCCAAGAGCCGCUACAGGUUCAGGCGCGUGGAUCGCACAUCUGGCUCGAGGCCACCGUUCCGUCUGCAGGGGUGCUACCAGAUCUCUGCGCUGCCCUCAACGGAUCUCUGGACGGUUCAAAUCAGGUGGCUGGCUUCGAUCUUCGGUUCGGUCUACUCUCGGCGCAGUCUGGCGCCGUGGAUGGCAGAGCAGCAGCACAGGUGGCGCACUGGCCAGCGCACGCAGUAGCGGACGCACUGCAGAGCGCGGGGGAGCUGUUUGGCGUGCCGCAGGGCGAGCAGAGCAACGCGCAGGAUGAGGCUCGGCGCGCGGCGGCGGGGGUGUUCGUGGCGUCGUUGGAGUCGACAGCGGAAACCGAGUCCCUGGUGUCGUUGGAGGAGCAGCUGCAGCACAUGCGGCAAGAGCUCGCCGCCGCGCGCGCACAGGUGCGGGCAUCGGAGACCCGCGUGCGGCAGACGCUGGACCGAAUGGUGGAGCUGGAGGCGCUCGUGGAGACCACGCGCGUGGUGGACCCCCUUCCACGGGACCCCACGAGCACCCAGGGCGUAGCGGCGGAGGGGAAUGCGGCAGAUGCGGGCGGGAAGCGCGUUGAGGGGAGUCCGGCGGUGGCGGGGAAGGAGGAGGCGAUCCUGGCGGCGCAGCCGGCGGAGCUGCAGAGCGCCGCUGAGUCAGCGGCGUCCCGAGCGCGCGCGGCGAGGGCGAAGGUGAAGGUCCCCCGGCGCACGAAGAUGAACACGUCGGGGCCGCUGCCCAAGUACGCGGCGACGCUCAAGAACUUCUGGUUCCCCGUCGCCUUCUCCAAGGACGUCGACACCACCACGCUGAUUCCGUUUGACUGCUUCGAGGAGCCGUGGGUGGUGUUCCGGGGCCCGGACGGCAAGCCGGGGUGCAUCAGGGACGAGUGCGCGCACAGGGCGUGCCCCCUCUCCAUCGGCACCGUUGUUGAGGGCCACGCUGUCUGCCCCUAUCACGGGUGGGAGUUCGCCCCCAGCGGGCAGUGCACGAAGAUGCCAUCCACGCGCCUCACCGACGUGCGCGUGCGCGCCCUGCCCUGCGUGGAGCACGAGGGCAUGAUCUGGGUGUGGCCCGGCAAGGCGACGCCCUCCGACACCCUGCCCUCCACCAUGCCGCCCCCCUCCUACACUGUGCACGCUGAGAUCGUGAUAGAGCUGCCGGUGGAGCACGGGUUACUGGUGGAGAAUCUUCUGGACCUUGCCCAUGCGCCCUUCACUCACACCACCACCUUCGCCAAGGGCUGGUCCGUCCCCAGCUUGGUGCGCUUCAAGUCGGCAGCGGCGCAGGCGCUGCAGGGCCACUGGGACCCGUACCCGAUCAACAUGGAGUUCCGCCCGCCCUGCAUGGUGGUGUCCACCAUCGGGCUCGUCAAGCCCGGGCAGCUGGAGGGGCAGGCCAGUGCACAGGAGUGCUCGCAGCACCUGUUUCAGCUGCACGCCUGCCUGCCCUCGUCACGCGGCAAGACACGGCUGCUCUACCGCAUGGGGCUCGAUUUCGCCCAGUGGGUCAAAUUCGUUCCCUUCAUUGACAGAUUGUGGAAGUCGCUGGCCAACCAGGUGAUGGAUGAAGACUUGCGUCUGGUUGUGGGACAGCAGGACCGGAUGAGACGUGGUGCGAAUGUGUGGAACCACCCUGUAAUUUAUGACAAGCUGGGCGUCCAUUACCGGAGAUGGCGCAAUGAGAUUGAGGAAUCUGACAGUGAAUGAAUGAUUCCUGUCAGAAUUUUUUUAAAAACUAGCUCAGAUUUCUGUGUAAUUUGCAUGCAAUAGCACCUGCAGUGCUUGUCAUUUUGUAAGAAAUAUUCAUACAGAGUGGAUUGCCU